GCCGCCCCUUGCAGGACUGGAGACGCACUGUCUGCACGCAUUCAAAACGGCACGCAUAUGCAUAUACAGGACAAUUUUGUAUAGACACGUAUCUUUACAAACGCUUUUUGUCCUGAGGAUUUUUCUGCUUUUGAAUCCGAGUCGCACUUGACCGUGUGGUGCAGCGCUGCGAGGUACGGGGUUACAACUUUAAGAGUGGGAUGUUCCUCAUUGCAGUGAUAAGAAUGAGGAAACACUAGUAGCUGUGAUUGUAAGCACAGCUCAAAGCUCACGAGUCUCUGGACACUCCAGUCUGUGUCCGUAUUCAUCCGUGGAUGAAGGUCGACGGUCACACUGCUGGGCCGAUGGGAAAUCACUCACAGCCAAAUGGCGAGGGUGAUGGGAACUCAGGCCACCCACAGUAUAUUGCCUUUGUUCUGGUUCCUUUCUUCUUCCUGCUGGGGCUUCUGGGAGUCCUUAUCUGCCACAUCCUGAAGAGGAAGGGCUACCGGUGUACAACGGAGUCGGAGGAAGAUGAGGAGCUGGAGAAGGAGGACGAUGAAGAGAAAGAUCCAGAAAAAGGAGAUCUGAACGACACCUUCAGUGAAGGCAACACUGACACGGUUGGCCAAAUUGUUCACUGCAUCAUGAGAAAUGAAGCCAACUCCGAUGCACUCAAAGCCAUGGUUCAGGACAGUAUAGAAUCGGAAGGUGGCCCUUUGACGCCCACCUCUCCAAACACACCCUCCAGCCCAGAGAGCCCUGUACUGCCAGGGUUGCCGCCCAGUGCAGCCAAACACACCUGCAACCACCUGCACACCAUUGGAGGGAUGGGAGGACAUAAGAACAUCUGCAACCGCUGCAACCAGAAAAAAUGGCCUCUGAUGAGACGCUCAUCCAGCAAGAAACUGGACAGACGCAGUCACAUAGAAGUCACAGUGCUGUCUGUAGGCAGAUUCCGGGUGACAAAGUGUGACCCCAAAUCGGCUCGGGAUAGGCGGACGUUGUUGAUCACUGAGUCCAAUGGUAGUGUCCCCCCUUCACCUGCUAGCACUGACCCCCCUGAACGCAGCACAGGCCCAAAGUCACAGGAGAACGGAGACCGUGCAAAGUGACAUCUGUAGAGUUCCAGCAGCUUCUCAGGUGACAUUUUAAAAAGAUUUGAAUCUGGAAAUCACACUUCCAAAUAGGAAGUAAGAGAGGGAAAUGCGUCAAACUAUGACGAGAGCUGUGAUAAUGGAGGAGGAAAAGAGGAUGAUGGAUGCCAACCCUCCUGUUUGGCAUGCGACACGUCAGUUGUGGAAAGGCAGCAGAAGCCAUUUUAUAUACAUUAACCUGUCACCAUGCCAACCCACCUUUCUCAAACAUCCUUGUGGCGGAUGGCUUCAUUUUUGCUUGUUAAUGACUAUGAACGGGUCAAUGUUUAAUACAACCUGGCGUUGUGGUCUGAGGUUUUCGUCAUGUGCCUCUUUAGGCUACUUCCAUGAAGUGGGAAGUUUUCUUCAAUUUUUGUUUUUUUUCUUUUUUGUUUUUUUAUUGCAAGCUGUGAUAAACAUGGAAAAACAGAGCCAUGAAAUAUCUCACUGGUUACAAUCUGGACUAUAACGUUUUUCUUAACCUGUUGUCGUCUUAAGUGGACUGGGCAUGAUCUCUUCACUAAAUACACCUUUACACAUUUGUUUUUUUUAAAUGACUUAAAUUGUAUUUUGACAACAUUUUUCUGUAAACCAGUGAAAUUGCAUGUAUAAUAGAUUAAUUUAUCAACCUAGCGCACCUUAACUGACUGGAAGUUUGAGAGCACUGCAAUCAAUUCGCCAGUCUGUCAAACACUCAAUGGUUUAGAAAUGUUAAACAUUUCUAGUUUCAUGAUUCGGUAUAGCUUGCACAUGUCUGCAGAGUUCACAAUCUCUCAAGUCUAUAGCUCAUAUAUUAAUAUAAUGUCAGGCGUAUAUAAUAGAUAAGACUGUAUCCUUCACUAUACUUAAUAUUACUGUUAUCUUGGGGAAAAACAAUGUAUGGUACCUCAAAAAAAGUAAAAGUGUCCUUGGUUUAGUCCCAAGCAUUGGCAAAGAUGACUGAAAUAUAGGACUUUUAAUAAUUCUCCGUAUUUUAACCAAAAAAACUUCUAAUAAAUAUACAGUUGCCUUUCUUUUUUUUAAUGUAUUUUGCCUUUUAUUAAUAUUGUCAUUAUUGUGCCAAUGAUUUUGUUGCUUUUUUUUUGCUCUGACACCAUAAAGGUAGACCUCAAGAUAUCUGUAAGCUUUCUAGUUCAUUGCACAUGAGCUUGAAGUGCUGGAACGAAUAGCUUAAAUAAAUGUUGCACAUAGCCUUCCUGUUCAAAUUUUAGUUAAAGGUAUUCAUACUGAAAUAUUAACCUUACAUCUUGAGUACUUGAAGUGACCAUUUCUGUACAGUCAUUUCUGAAAUAAUUAAAGAAAUGUAAAAGAUGUAUAAACAGAAGGAUUGGAGUUGUUUAAAGAAAACGUACUGUUAUAUUUUACUGAGUUUUGUACCCAGAAUUUAUACAUUAAAAAGAUUAAACAAACAUUG